CGCCCCCAUCCCGCGUCCACCCCGGUCGCUGGGCCCGCCCUGGUGUGAAGGCGACUGCGCGCCACGCCUGGGGGCGUGGUUUAGGCCUGCCCGCCCCGCGGGAUCUGCGGCGCGGGCGGCAUUGGCCGUUGGCGUGGCUUGGGCGGUUGUCUUGGAGAAGCAAGAUGGCGGCGACGGCGGCCCCAGUGGUGGCGGAGGAGGACACGGAGCUACGGGACCUGCUGGUGCAGACGCUGGAGAACAGCGGGGUCCUGAACCGCAUCAAGGCUGAACUCCGAGCAGCUGUGUUUUUAGCCCUAGAGGAGCAAGAAAAAAUAGAGAACAAAACUCCUUUAGUCAAUGAAAGCCUGAAAAAGUUUUUAAACACCAAAGAUGGCCGGCUGGUGGCCAGUCUGGUGGCGGAGUUCCUUCAGUUCUUUAACCUUGACUUUACCUUGGCCGUUUUCCAGCCCGAAACUAGCACAUUUCAAGGACUGGACGGUCGGAAGGAUUUAGCCCGGGACUUGGGCAUUACUGAGGCAGAAGGUGCUGUGGGGGGGCCUCUGCUGUUGGAGGUGAUCAGACGCUGUCAGCAGAAGGGGGAAGGGCCAGCCGGCGGGCAGGGUGCACUAGACGUGGCUGCCGUGCACCCACCCCCGGCGCCACCGGACCGAAACGCCAGUGUGCACACGGGCCCCAGCAAGAUACCCAGGUUCAAAGGCCAAGGUAAGAAGAAGACAAGCGGGCGGCAGCCUGGUGCCAAGAAGGCCAGCAGCGAAGCCAGUCAGAGCGACGUCAGCUCCUCUUCCUCAGAACCAAAAGGUAAAAGCAGCCUGGAGCCGCGGGCCCGUGAAACCAAAAUCGGGUCCUUCUUGAACGCCAGCGGCCUUUGCGUGGAGGACCAGGCCAGCCCCGGCCCGCAGGAGGGCGACGCGGACGGAGACUCCUUCUUCGAUGAUCCCAUUCCGAAACCCGAGAGGACUUACGGUUGGAGAAGUGCGCCCGGGGAGCGCGGAGGAAGCCCGGCCUCGCCCUCGGACGAGCCCCCGUCACAGAGCGGACGCAGCGCCCCCACGGGAGCCCCCUCCUCGACAGACGCAGAAAGCAGAAGAGGAAACACAGUGUCGAAAGGUCUGAAGCUGGUCAGUGACAGAGUUGGGUCCCUCGCAUUAGGGUCCGGAGAAGACGACUACGUUGACGAUUUCAACAGCACCAGCCACCGGUCCGAGAGGAGCGAGCUGAGCCUCGGCGAGGAGAUCGAGGAGGACCUCUCCGUGGGGCUGGACGACGCCAACGCCAGCGACAAGCUCGAUGACCUGACUCAGGACCUGACGGUGUCCCAGCUCAGCGACGUGGCGGACUACCUGGAGGACGUGGCGUGCGCCUGAGCGGCGGUGGUGCCGGGGUCCUGCAGGGUGGGUGAGACCCACCGCCGGAGUUUUGGGACCGUCUUCCCUGGCUGGACCAUCCGCUCUCUGUCGGUGCCUUGUACUUCCAAAGACUGCAGAUAUUUUUAAAAAUUACUUUUUCAUCGUGCUAAACAAGAUAUUUCUGUUGAGCCUGUUUGGAAGAUCAAAUCGUCUUCAUUUGGUUUACCAACACGUUUCUCUGUGGCAAUUAAUUACACAAACUCACGGCAAGGAGCGAGCCUGCAGACACAGCUGUGUUAAGAGCCAAGUGCGAGGGGGUCCCCGCAGCUCUACAUGGGCCGCUCAGUGUGUCGCUGUGGGGGGCACAGCGGGCCUGGCCACCCCGCCACCCCACACGGGCCUGCGGUGGGGGGCGGGCAGUGGUGUGUCCGCUUCCAUCGGGACUGUCCGCUGGACCGUGCAGGUGACCUGGACGGGCUCCGGGUGUGCUGCUUAGUUCUGCCUGUGGGUAAAGGAGCCUAGAGGUGGUCGUGACUUCUGUUUGGGGCGGUUGUCACUGCCAGUGUUGCGGUGGCUGUCCUGUGUCCACGUGAGGACCGACCUUUAGGCCCUUGUCUGCUGGAGCUGUUGGUUUCUUGUAACGAUGCCUUGAAGUGCCACACACCAUCGGCAUCCGGGACCGACGGGCGGCGCUUCUGCGUCCAGUCUGUGGGACUGUGGUGGCGGUGGCCGAGGACCAUGUGCAGGUGCACAAGCUUGCUGUGCGGACCCUGGUCUCGCUGCCACCCUGGACAACCCAGCUAGGUCUUGCAGUGCCCUGUGGUGCCACCGCAGACAGCGACGCCGCUGGACUGAGCGGGGACAGUGGGCAGUGGCGUGCGUGUGCAUGUGCGUGAUUACAGGUAAAGCUGUGAUGGUGUGGUGAGCUUCGUACCUCUUUAUGGCAGUUGGAUUACGGGUUUUAUUAAGUCCCCUUUCCUGGUAAAAGGAGACGUGAAUCUGCCGACCUCAGCAGGUGAGCAGACUGGACGGUGUGUGCGCCGCCGCUGUUCUGUUGCCCAGCGGCCUCGGAGUCACAGACACGCUCGCUGGCCCGCGGAGGGUGGGUUCUGCAGCCCCGGAGCCCGACUCUGGGAGACGGAAGCGGGGCCGAGACGCGGGCCUCGGGCUCCCACCCCCGCUUGUCAUCAGUUGCACCUCCUUGGACAACAUCGCUGUUCACUGUAGCUGUCGAAGAAGCACAGAUCUGUCCAGCCUCUGGGGGUCAUGUCAAACGUGUGACUUAUUUUUACGUUAGUUGACAGGAGUCAGAUUGUUGUGAAAUGAAAGCAUAGCAGGAGAUGGCUUUUAGUUUGGGGACAACUUCUGAACGGUGGUGCCUAAAAUCAGGCAGUUUCCUGUUACCCAGAGAACCCGACCUUCCCAUGGCGUCUUGGGAGGGUGCAGGGGAGCGCGCCGCCCCUGCCCGCUGGCGUCCCAGCUGAGGGAGGCCUGCCUGGCGGUGCGGAGGGAGUUCCUGAGUUCCUGUGCUGCCCGGCCACACGGGGCGGAGUGUGGGUGGUGGUUUUGUUACGUGUGCUGAGACGUCAACCCUGGUGACACACGGGUUGGCAGUGUGGUGACAGGUCAUCACGGUAAAAACCGUCUCCUACGGUGCGUUUCUCAAAUGCUAGACCUCAUUCUGUCCGUGAUGACUGAGAUGAAUAAAAAGCUCAUACCUCUAACACUGUGCAGUGUGUGACCACGACCAGGCCCGAGCGGGGUCCGCGUGGGUUGUGCUCCCGUCUCGGCCCCUCCGUGCCUCAGUCCAGCCUCGGCAGGGUCCAGGGGUCCCGAAGGUAGGUAAGGCGUCGGCACUGGGUAACAGACGACAACACGCCUCAAAGGACAGUGAAGCUCUGUUCCGUUUAUUGCAAGUACAAGCAGGUUUUUAUAUUUUCAUUUUAGGUAGUGACUAACAUUUGCAGUAUAGCAUGAUCAGUUAAGCAAAAAAAUCAAUACAAAGGUAACCAGGAAAAAUACGAAAGUUCCCAUAGAUUUAGUUAUAAUAAACAAAGAUUAUUUUGAUCAGGAGAGCCAUAAAUCAGACAAUUAGAAAUAGCCGUAUGUACAGAAUUUGAAUGUCUUAUUGUAUAUUAAAGUUUCUCAGAAUUUGUCAUGGGGCAAAAGGAUACGCUAGAUUGAGUAGAGGUAAUAGGAGAUUUAUUAUAAGGCCUUUGUGAUGUCUAACUUAGCUAUCUGUCCUUUUCUGUCUAAAAUGUUUGUGUACUAUAAACUCUGACUCCUUAGUAACUGUUUCUACGUGUUUAGUUUGUAAUAGUUAACCAGCCUUUUUUUCUUUGCCUGUCAAAUUGAUAUAUACUCUUAAUCAAGGUAAAGGAGGGGCUGUUACUCCAACAACUUUUAGACAUUUAGGAGCUGUUUCAUUAGAGGGGAUCUUUCCAUCCUUUCAGGCAGUUUCGUGGGGAAUACUAAUGUUUUCCCCUGAAUUGUCCCUUCCUCUUGGGUGACUUUCACAGGAAUAAGUAAGUACAGUUCAAUGUCUAUAUUCAGUAGCAAGAGUAAAAUAAUUAA